CCAGGUCGUUGCGUAUGCUUCCCGUCAGCUUAAGCCUCAUGAGCAGAAUUAUCCGACGCACGACUUGGAGUUAGCAGCGGUCGUUCAUGCUCUCAAGAUUUGGCGACACUAUCUUUACGGCGGUCACUGUGAGAUGUUCACAGAUCAUAAGAGCCUGCAGUAUAUCUUUACUCAGAAGGAGCUCAACAUGGGACAGCACCGUUGGUUAGAGCUCGUCAAGGAUUACGACUGCUCUAUUCAGUACCAUCCGGGAAAGGCGAACGUCGUUGCAGAUGCCCUAAGCCGACAAGUAAGGGGUGAUUUGACGUACGUCAUUACUCAGCAGAGUCCUUUGAUUCAUGAGUUUGCCCGGAUGCAGCUUCAGGCGAUUGAUGCACUUCCCAUAGCAGUUUCGGGGA